GACGCAGUGCUGUACAGCAGGUUAUGUCUCAAGCCGUAAUCGAUCCUUUUGCUUCCUUAGUGAGAUUUUUAUCCCGCUUUACACCAAUUCAAAAAGUUAAUUGGCCAAUGUGCAUUGGUGCCUAUGCUCACCUUCUAACGAGAAGUAUCCUUUCUGUCAUCCACGCUAACGGGCCCAAGAGGCAUGCAAGAAUGUAGACUCCGCCGUUUGUAUUGGUCAAGUAAGGCCGUUGUGCAUUGAUUCCGGCGGACGAUUCCGUCUAUUCUCUCUCGUAUUGAACUCCAUCGACGAUAAUGUGAGCAACUACUUUCCCUACCCUCUCCAUAAAUAUCAUUCGAAAUCAUUUAAAAUGCCUACACAGCUCUACCAUAGCUCUCAAUACAAUUUGUCAGAGCAAGGCGAGCAAUCAAUCGAGAAGAAUAUCGUUCAAAGGUCUGACACAGUGAAAGAACAUGGAAGUGCGGUAGUUAAAAGCUUACUAGACAACCGCUUCUCAUGUAGAUACUUUUUGCCGGAUCGAAUUCCAGAUCAGAAAACGAUCGAAUCCAUUCUCCUCUCGGCUAAAAAUUCACCAAGUGGAUCAAACUUUCAGCCUUGGCAUGUUCAUGUUUUACGUGGAACAAGAAAAGAUGAAAUUAGAGAUCAUGUUCACAAAGCUGCAAACGAUGCUGAUGCUAUGCAACAGUAUCAAGCUCCGUACACUUUCUAUCCUUCCAAUGCAACUCUAGCUCGGCCUGAAUAUCAAUUCUUGGCACAGAGGAGAUCAGGUUUUGGUGAAAGAUUUUAUGGACCGCUAAACAUUGAUCGAAAAGAUACAAAAGCAAGAAGAGAAUUAUCUCAACGGAACUGGUCAUUCUUUGAUGCUCCGAUUGGUUUUAUAAUCACAACGAUCCCUGAAGCCCCACCAGGAAUGUAUCUGGAUACGGGAAUGUUUAUAAUGGCCUUGAUUUUAGCAAUUCGUUCUUAUGGUCUUGAAUGUUGUAUUCAAGAAGCUCAUGCAACUUAUCAUGACGUUUAUGCAAAUCAAUUGCAGUUGCCAAAUACCGAAUCAGUCGUUUGUGGAAUCGCGUUGGGCUAUCCAGACCUGCAAAAGAUUCAGCAAUUUUCUGGAAAACAAGAAAAGAUGUCAUUGGAUGAGCUUGUAACAUACCAUUAAAAAAGGCCUAACAAGACAAAG